AUGAAUCUUUCUUUUUCUUUUCCUUUGUAUAAAUCUUUCUUUCUCCUUUCCCUUAUGAAAAUCUUUCUUUUUCUUUUCUUUUGUAUACAUCUUUUUUUCUUUUCCUUCUUUUCGUUUUUUUCUUUUUGGUUCCCUUUAUGUAAAUCCUUCUUUCUUUCUCAUUUAUUUUUUUCUUUUUCUUUGAAUACAUUUUUCUUUCUUUCUAUUUUAUUAAUCCAUAAUUUCCUUUUCCGUUGUACAGAUCCACCAUUUUUCUUUUUUACCUUACGUAAACCUUUCUUUUCCUUUACAUCAUAUCAAAUCUUUCUCUUUUGCUUUACAUCCCGUCUUUCAUUUGGCAUACGAUAUCUAUACUCUCGAUAUCCCAGGUCGACAACAGUUGCUAUAGCAACUACUAGUGUCGUUCAACUUCCUGCUUGUCAAUUCUGGGAUAUGUUUUCUUCAUAUCUUUCCUUCUCUAUCCCUCCUCUCUCCUUGCACCCUUAUUUUUUCAUUUUCUUUUCUCUGUGCCUUUUUUGGCAACUUCCAAUUCUUGGAUUCUAUGCUUAUGUUUUUCAUUGCUUGAUUUAUUUUCUUUGUUUACUUCCUUCUUUUUUCAUUCUUACUUUAUUACUCUUUCUUUCUUUCUUUCUUUCUUUCUUUCUUUCUUUCUUUCUUUCUUUCUUAUCAUAUUUAUUUACCCCAUUAUUCGUCCCUUUUUUUCUUGGAUUUAUUAUUUCUUUCCUAAAUUCUUCAUUUUUUGUUUCUUCCUUACUUAUUUGA